AUGGCUGACUAUCCAAUUGUGGACUCUCACAUCCACCUCUUCCCCGAGGCCGAAAUCCCCACCCUCUCUUGGGCCACGCCCGACAAUCCCCUCGCGAAACAACACUCCGUCUCCGAUUACCGUGCCGCCACCGGCUCUCCGACCAAUCUCAAGGGCUUCAUCUUUGUGGAAACGGACCGCGUGCACGACCUGGCCACCGGCGCACAAGAAGGCGACGAAUCCGGUUGGGAAGGUCCCCUCGCCGAGGUUUCCUGGCUCCGACGCAUCGUCGAGGGCACCCCGCGCGAAGGAGAGGGUCACAGGCCCGACGAUGCCCGUCUCUGCCUCGGCAUCGUCCCCUGGGCUCCCAUCCCCAGCGGACCCGAGGUCCUGGAGCGCUACCUCGAUCGCGUCCGCGACGUCGCCGGCCCCGAGACUUGGUCCCGUAUUCGCGGCUUUCGCUAUCUACUCCAGGACAAACCUCACGGCACCGCCGUUCAGCCCGACUUUAUCGAAUCUCUCAAGCUGCUCGGCCGCCGAGGUUUCACCUUUGACCUGGGCGUUGACCAGCACCGCCGCGGAAGGCAGCAGCUAGAAGAUGCCCUCAUCUUGAUUACUUCGGCCCACGAAGGUGUGCCGGACGAGGAGAAGGUAACCGUUGUCAUAAACCACCUCUGCAAGCCCAACCUAGGAAUCAUCAACGUUGCCGACCCGUCCUUCGUCCAGUGGCGCACGAGCAUCUACGCCCUCUCCAUGUGCGCCAAGACAUACAUGAAGCUCUCUGGCGGCUUCUCCGAGAUGCCCACUUCCCUCAUAUCCCAGGACCCGGCCGCCAUCUUCGAGGCCAUCUUCCCCUGGCUCGGUGUCAUCCUCGCCACUUUCGGGCCCCGCCGCAUCAUGUUCGGCUCUGACUGGCCCGUCUGCACCGUCCGCCCUCCCACCACAGUCACCGGCGGCCAGGAGACCCUCGAUCCCAACGCCUGGCGUCGCUGGAAGCUCAUUGUCGAGCGCAUGUGCUACAUGGCCACCCUGGAGCCCGAGGACCAGGCCGAACUGCUCGGCGGCACGGCCAUCAGGGCCUACGGCAUCGACCAAAGUUUAGGGGAAGCCUGA